CGGGGUUGGGUGGAGGACUGAGCAGCCAGGCGCGAGCGAAAACAAACAGCUGGGGCUGCGAGCGCCCCCGCCCCGGCCCGGAGAGCACGCCGGCCCGGGCCCCCACUUAGGGCGCCCACCCGCCCACCAUGAGGAAGAUCCGCGCCAAUGCCAUCGCCAUCCUGACCGUAGCCUGGAUCCUGGGCACUUUCUACUACUUAUGGCAGGACAACCGAGCCCACGCAGCAUCCUCCGGCGGCCGAGGCGCGCAGAGGGCCGGUGGGAGGCCGGAGCAGCUCCGCGAGGACCGCACCAUCCCGCUCAUUGUGACAGGAACACCCUCGAAAGGCUUUGAUGAGAAGGCCUACCUGGCGGCCAAGCAGCUGAAGGCUGGAGAGGACCCCUAUCGGCAGCACGCCUUCAACCAGCUGGAGAGUGACAAGCUGAGCCCAGACCGGCCCAUCCGGGACACCCGCCAUUACAGUUGCCCAUCUGUGUCCUACUCUGUGGACCUGCCGGCCACCAGUGUCAUCAUCACCUUCCACAAUGAGGCCCGCUCCACCCUCCUGCGCACGGUGAAGAGUGUCCUGAACCGCACUCCCGCCAGCCUGAUCCAGGAAAUCAUUUUAGUGGACGACUUCAGUUCAGACCCUGAAGACUGUCUGCUCCUGACCAGGAUCCCCAAGGUCAAGUGCCUGCGCAACGACCGGCGGGAAGGGCUGAUCCGGUCCCGAGUUCGGGGGGCAGAUGUGGCCACAGCUGCCGUCCUCACCUUUCUGGACAGCCACUGCGAAGUGAACACCGAGUGGCUGCAGCCCAUGCUGCAGCGGGUGAAGGAGGACCACACCCGCGUGGUGAGCCCCAUCAUCGAUGUCAUCAGUCUGGACAAUUUUGCCUAUCUUGCCGCGUCCGCGGAUCUUCGCGGAGGAUUCGACUGGAGCCUGCAUUUCAAGUGGGAGCAGAUCCCUCUUGAGCAGAAGAUUGCCCGGACAGACCCCACCAAGCCCAUAAGGACGCCUGUCAUAGCCGGAGGAAUCUUCGUGAUUGACAAGUCCUGGUUUAACCACUUGGGAAAGUAUGAUGCCCAGAUGGACAUCUGGGGGGGAGAGAAUUUUGAGCUCUCCUUCAGGGUGUGGAUGUGCGGUGGGAGCUUGGAGAUCGUGCCCUGCAGCCGGGUGGGCCACGUCUUCAGGAAGCGGCACCCCUACAACUUCCCUGAGGGCAAUGCUCUCACCUACAUCAGGAAUACCAAGCGCACUGCAGAGGUGUGGAUGGAUGAAUACAAGCAAUAUUACUACGAGGCCCGGCCCUCGGCCAUCGGGAAGGCCUUCGGCAGUGUAGCCACGCGGAUCGAGCAGAGGAAGAAGAUGAGCUGCAAGUCCUUUCGCUGGUACCUGGAUAACGUCUACCCAGAGCUCACCGUGCCAGUGAAGGAAGUGCUUCCCGGCAUCAUCAAGCAGGGCGUGAACUGCUUAGAGUCCCAGGGCCAGGACACGGCUGGUAACUUCCUGCUUGGAAUGGGGAUCUGCAGAGGGUCUGUCAAGAACCCCCCAGCGCCCCAGGCAUGGCUGUUCAGUGACCACCUCAUCCAGCAGCAGGGGAAGUGCCUGACUGCUACCUCCACCUCCGUCUCCCCCGGGUCCCUGGUCACACUGCAGGUGUGCAACCCGAGAGAAGGCAGGCAGAGAUGGAGGAGAAAAGCCUCUUUCAUCCAGCAUUCGGUCAGUGGCCUCUGCCUGGAGGCCAAGCCCUCCCAGCUGGUGACCAGCAAGUGCCACGCUGACGCCCCGGCCCAGCAAUGGCAGCUGUUGCCGCACACAUGACGGUAGCCCUGGGGCCUCCUGUACCUUUUGCAUGAGACUUUGGGACUGGAAGGGGGUUAGGGUGGGGGGGUGUAAAGCGGGCCGUUUCCAUCUUACAUUUCUGCCGGAACCAUCAGCAAACACCCCUGCCACGACAUACGUUUCUCCAAAGCUUGUAUGGGGAGGCGCAGGGGGACAUGCCCCGAUGCCCUGGCCACCAUUGUGGCCUUGCCUGGGGAGAGGAGAAGGUCAGGAUGCUGGACUGCUGCUGGGGAGAGACUGGGAAGGUCCCCGGCCCUUUCUCCCCUCCCUUUGCCCUCCAGGGGGCCUGGACAGUGGUUUGAGGGCCCUCCUCUUGUUGGCUGGAGAGAGCAAGGACAGAAGCCCACCCAGGGCCCUGGCGGGGUCCUGGGGCCAUCCCAUGGGAUUGGGCAGGAGAGGAGAAUGUGGGCAGCAUGAAUGGGGAUCCUGAAGCUGAGGAGAGAGGGGCAGCCUGCGGGCAGGGCAGGUGGAGAACAGGAAGGAGAGGAGAAGCUCAGUGGCCUGUCCCAGGCAGCUGCUGGGUUGGGUGCGGGAGGGAUGGGAUCCAGGGCAAAGGAUGGGUAAUUUGCAGAAGGAUAUGGGUGGCAGAGCAGCCGAGCCCCAGAACAUGGGUCUCCUCCUGAGGACCCCAUCCCCCGCUUGCUGUACCAGCCCCAGGGUGUGUGCCCCCCGUCCUGCACUCUGGACCCCACAUUCUUAGUAAGAGGUUGCAGGGGGAUCUUCAGGGAUAGCCUUGGAACACAGUUUAUUGAACAGAUCCCAUUUCUGUUUGGCCAUGUGUCAGGCCAAGACCUCUCCCUUGGGCCUUAAUGACCAGCUGGUGCCCUGUCCCCCUGUCUGGGCCCACUGUGACGACUCUGUAAGGACAGGCAGCCACCAGGCACGACUGAGCAGCCCCAUCCUCAUUCAUAGUUUUUGACUCCUGCCUUCUCAAAAGCCUUUGCCUCUGCAAGUAGAGCAUUAUGGGGUCGGGUGGCCAGUAAGAACAGGACCUUCUUUCUGGGGCGUAAACAUUCUCCGAGUCUUCAGGGAGUAAGUCAUGCAGGCUGAGCUUCAUCCUCACCCUCGCCCCCCAACUACUGGAGGGAGGCCCUCAAGGCUCAGCCGCUGCAGUGGGCCAGGAGGCCGGCUGGUGGCUCCUGCUUGUGUAGAGAGCUCCCAGUUCCUUCUCACAGCCCCUGGGCCUCUUUUCCCUACCCCAUGGCCUGGUCUUGGAGCCACUUCUGCUGUUCUCCACGUUCCUCUUCCCCCACCCCACUGGCUCAGGCACUGUGAUCUUGGCCAAAAGACUGGUGGUACCAGGACCCCUCAGGGGUCCCUCUCCCAAAGCAAACCAACCUGGGGCCCUCUAGGGAGUCCACAGAUUCCAGAGGGCCUAGGAAUCUCCUGAAAUUGUCCUCCAAAUAGCACAUGUGUGUGCACAUAUGCAUUUCCCUGGGGAGAGGGUCCAUGGAUUUCCCCAGCUUCUUACAGAGGUCCCUGCACCCCAAAGGGUCUGAACCUCAGCUCUGGACUGGAGCUACCAUCCACGUGAGCUGCCGUGCCCCUCUCCCUCCCUGGUGUGCCUAAACUGCCAUCGUCCUGCUCUCUCCAUGUGGCCCUUGGGGCCAGGAGCCAAGUGUCCACGGUCCACAGCACCCGCCCUGGAGGGCUCUCAGUGGCUUCCCCUCACCUCCUGGCUCUCAGCAGUAUCCUCUCAGCAGUGCUCCUGUGCCCCAGUGUGCACCCCCUGGGCUCACCAGCGUGGGGCCCUUGGCCAGCCUUCUCCCGUCCUCCGUUGUGAUGUUUCAUCUGCCACCAUCUCCGUGGUGUGUGUCCACUCCAGUGGGCAGCAUGGACCUUUGGGGAUGGGGAGCGUGGGCUUCUCUCACUGAAUGUAAGAGGACUACUUCUCAGAGAGCCUUCGAGAGGCCCCCCUCCCUGUGGUCAGACCAGGCUCGGCACGUGUCAGUGUCCUUUGUGGGACUCAGCCCUAUUCUGUUUUGCUUUUCCUCUUCUUGACCAAAGCAUGUGCCACUAGCUGUCCCUGAGGACCUUUUCUUUAUGGAACACACACCUGGAAUAAAACCACUUCUCAUGUGUACACAUGCACCAGCGCCUUCCUUUCUGACUCCAGGGCCAAGCCCUUCAGCGCCACCCUCCCCUGCCUCGUGGGGAAGUUGGGGCCUCUGUUCUGUAAAAGUGAAACUGAACACGCUCAGGUCUAAGCCCCUCCUGCACCUGAUAGCUUGCUCCUCAGCCUGCGUGCGCUGUGGUACCCCAGGAACUCCUGGACGACAGGCUGGCUGCUUGGGGGGAGCCAGCAGGUGGCCCUGCUGCUUGGGAAGGCUGGGACCAGAGCCUAGGCUCCUGUGGCCUCAUUGUGGGGCCCUAGUUGGGGCUUCAAAAUGGAAACCAAGGGUUUUCUCCAAAUGAUUGCCUUUUGCCAGCCCUCUCUCCUUCCCCAGGCCCCAGCCCUGGCCCCUCUGACCUUCCCCCCAACUCCUCUCCCACACAGGAAGGUAGUGGUAACAGUGCAAGUGUGACAAUCUCCCUGGGUAGAAACAGCAAAAUAAUUCCAGAAAGAGUCCUACCAGCCUAGCCUUGUUUGAUGGGGUAGCAGCUGCUCUGCCUAAUGUUUCCAUAGAAACAAAUGCAAAACCCCCAGCAUUUCUGUGAUCAGAAGCUGAACCUACCCAGGUAAAAAUAAACGCGGCUUCCGAGCACAUGUGAACGGCAGCAGGCAGGCCGGUGCGCGACUAACCCUCUCCUGAACGGAUGCAGCCAUUUCCACCCCAACCCCCACCCUGUCUCAGAGCUGCUCAGUGGUGAUUCCCCAGAAUUUCUAGCCACCAGGCCUCAGGGGCCUGGAGCAAAGACCUGGGGCUGGUGACAGUUCCAGGCACACAGUGUGGCUGCAGAGUCCAGCUUGGCCUAAGCUGGGCAAAGGCAGUGACUUAUUGCAGAAGACUCUGGCCGCAGUCUCUGUCAGUCCGUCUGUCCUCUCAAGGAGCACAGCCCACUGCCCACUGCCUUCUCGGGCCUCCCUCCUGGCCAGACUCUGCCAGCUUUCCACUUUCUGUUUAUUUUUACUCCCAGCCUUAAAGGCUCUCAGGCUGCUUCUUUUGCCCUCCUCCAAGCCUACCUCUCCGGAGGCCCAUUUUCUCUCCCACUCCCUUUCUUUUCUGGAAACAAAGGUUGUUAGCCUUUAGCAGUUCCUGGAGGACUCGGCAAAAGCCCUUGGGCUGACCCCUUGCAACAGGCCUUACAUGACCCAGAAGAGAGAGUAUCCCAGAGCACAGGCGUAGGGGGCGGGAGCAACAUCUGCACGGGGCCAACCUCUCGUUUGUCCAGCAGGGAGGGGUUCCUCCAUCCCCGGGCCUCUGUGGCUUGGCUUCUGUGUUCACAAAGGCUGUUCCCUGGGCCCCUCAGUAGAGGUCUCCCCAUUUGCAGUUGGGAGAAGUAACCUAGACAUCUCUGUCCUCCAGGGGGUCUGGACCCCCAUGCCUUCAAAGAGUCUUCCAGCACUGCAUGGGGUGUGGUCCUUUCCCGCUUGUGGAACAGGAAAGGAAGCCUGGAAAGGAGAGGCUGGAGUUCAUAAUGUCCACAACUUCAUUCCCGACAGUGUUCUCAAUGUCUUUGGUAUUUGUGUGUCCCCUGUGAUGGUCUGAGUCAGUUUCCUCCAGAAGGAGGGAGGGGGACCCAGGCGGCUUGUCUCAUCUUAAGAGAUCUUCACUGCCAGGCCCUCAACAAAGACCUCGGGAAGGAGCGGGGAGGGGCCGCUCCCUCCUGGUCUGGCAGGCGUCCUGUGUGCAUGGCGGACUGAACGGAGGCUCCGGCGCCCUCUGAGGAUGGCCCUCUGCUGUGGAAUUCAGCCCCGUGAAGUGGAGGAAGAGUGCAGAAGGAGUACGGGCUCCAGAGGCCCGAUCAGCUGGGGCCGCCCCGCUCUGCCGCUUCCUAACUGUGUGGGCCUGAGCAAGUCAGCUCGUCUCGCAGCCUUGGUUUCCUUGCCUGUAAAAUGGGGGUACUCGUAGCCCUAGAGGGCUUUUGUGAGGACUGAUUUGUUCAACAACUGCAAAGCAUCUUGCCCUUUCUAAAUGCUUAAUAAACAUGUGUUAUUGCUGUUAA